AUGAGUUUUUUCAAUAAUAAAGCGGGAGUGACUGCUUCGACAUGGGGGAGCAUGUUGAAACAGGCGAUAAACACAGUGGAGAGCAAAAUUGACAAGGCUUUAGACAUAAGCUCAGAGAAUGCUGAAUAUCAAGGGGAAGUGUAUAUUGAUCCUAUGAUGGGAAUUAUAGCGACUAUAGACAAGCCAGAAAUACCAACAGUUGAGAACGAUAAUUCAGCGUCGUCAAGAGAGUUUUCGCAAGAGCAACAAGAAACACAAGAUUUGCAGGCAAAUGCUGCUACAUCAAGUUCAGCGGAGAAUUUGCUUCCAAUUGGCACUCCCCCAAUAUCGCCAGCAGUAAAUCCAUCACCAGACACACUCAUUCCUUCAACACUGUCAACAGUGGAUGUAUCACCGAGUGUUCCUACCGCCGCACCCACUCCUUCGCCACCUCCCCCACCUCCCCCUACCCCUUCAAAAAUGCCUGAUACGGCACAAUAUAAUACAAAUGCUGUAGUAUCCAACCAAACAAUAGAUGCCAAUUCUGCGGCCACACGCACUUCAUUAUCCGAUACGUUAGUAACGCUUAAGCAGAUACUCGCCACUCAAGAUGACAGCGCAUGUGAAAAUAACAUUGAAUCGUUUUCGCACAAAUCAAGCGAAUCACAUGAAUCGCAUCGUUCGAUUCAGACAGAUACGAUUGCCUAUACUGGAGCGGAGGAAUAUAAUAAUGAGGAUACUGGUAUGGAUUCUGAUGAGAUUGUCGAUAAAAACAGUGGAUAUGAGUCGUCUGCUUUAUUGAAUGCUAGUGAUGAAGAUACACUCGAUGAGAGAUCGAGUCACGACGAUCUUAGACGUAGGACUGCAAGACAUUAUGAAGAAAUUAUUGCAACUAAAGAACAACGACUGCGCGAUGUAGCGGAACAGAAUAUUAUCUUGAAUAAGCAUAUGGCAGAGUUGCGAGGCAAAAUAAUGGAGAUAGAAGAAAAUAAAGAUGCCAUGUUGAAGAUUGCUAACAGCAAAAUUGACGACUUGGAAAAGUCAUUGGAGCAGGCUAAGGAGGCUGCCCAAAAAGUACAACAAUUAACUGUUACCGUAGACGCAUCGCAGAAAACAGUUGAAAAUCAGCGAAAACUACUUCUUGAGAAAGAUGAACAAAUAGCCAAAUUAGUGCAAGCCGGCGAGAAGAGUGAAUAUGAUAAACGAAUUCAAAUAGAAGAACUUCAAAAAGAAUUGGAGCAAUUACGCACAGAAUCAGGAACAUCUGAGGAUAAUUUAAGAAUAGAACUUCGUGAAUUGCGAUCAACGCUCGUAGAAUCGGAAGAGAGAGCUGGUAAACAAGAAGACGCUUUAAGAAAGGAGAUUGAGUCUCUGCAACAUCGACUACAACUAGCCGAGUCUGCCAAGCAAGAAGCCAAAAUGGAGGAGUGGGAAACGGAAAGAAUACAGCUAAUUAGGCGGAUAGACGAACUUCAGACACAGCACGCUUUAUCCAAGAAGAAUUGGGAAAAAACAGAGAUACGAUUAAAAUCUCAACUGGCCGAACGCGAAAAUGAACGUGAACGUCUGACUAAGAAGGAACAAAGCGUAAAAGCCGAACUCACUGAAUUGUCGUCAAAAUUAGAGUCGACUUCUCUUCAGCUAAUAUCGGAACGCAACGAAGUCUCUCGUUUAGACACACUUGUUUCCACCCUUCGCAGCCAAGUCUCUGCUUUGACGUCGCAGAACUCGUCUCUAUCUGCUGAUUUGUCAUCACUCGCAGAAUCCCAUUCAGCCGAACUCGCCACUCUUGCUGACAAACACUCUAAAGAAUUAAAAGAACUUGCUCGCAGUCCCACUUACAAUCUACGAUCUACUAGCGAAACUUCUUUAGGAAUAUACAAGAAUGAUGGUUGGAGUGGUGGGAGGGGAGAGGAUGGGGCGCUUACUGGAAUCAAAUCGCCAAUGCUAUUUAGUCCGGUAUCGAGUGCAAGGAGUAGCAUAGACGGUGGGAAUGGUGUAAUGGGUAGCGUGGUCAUGUUUGAGAAAUUGAAUAAUAAUGUAAAACAGUUGGAAGCUCAGGUUGCUAAUCUGCAGGCACAGUUACAAAUUACUACUAAAAAUCGAGACGAAUUGUCAGACGAGCUGGUCCGAGUGACGAUGCAACUGGAAGAACUUAAAUCAAAAUCGGCAAACUAUGACAUUUUAUCGGAGGAACACACGGAAUUGAACGAACGGUAUAAUACUCUUUUAGAAUUGCUGGGGGAGAAAACCGAGGAAGUAGAGGAAUUGCAGGCUGAUUUGGCAGAUGUUAAGCAAGCAUUUAGAGCUCAAAUUACUGAACUAUGUGCCAAAGCCGAUCAGUCCAAGAAAUAA